GUUCAAAUAAAGUGGCAAUAUUUGACCUGACAUACUUUGACGUUUGCACAGAGGAGGAGGAGGAGUGGCUCAAGAUCCUACUUAUAGUGGCCUCUCUUCAAACAGAAAAAUCAGUUGCAUCCUGCCGUCACAACAUGUUUUUCCUUACGUUCAUCCUUGUCACCGUGCUGCUCCCAAAAGCCUCCAGCCUGACAUGUUGUAUUGAUGAAGGCUCAAGCUGCACAAGCACACAAUGUUCUGCAUCAGAACUUUGUGGUGCAACAAGAAUAACUUCAUAUGAAGGCGGUACACAAAUGACAGACCUCACAAUAAGAAGUUGUGCUGUGGCCGAGAAUUGUGUUUCAGCAUCGAUCAACUUUGGAGUCACUAAGACUGUCAUCAACACCGUGUGCUGCUCAGCUGACAACUGCAACAACCAAAGUGUUCCUGAACCUCCAAGCAGAAAUCCAAAUGGGAAAAAGUGCUUCACCUGUGAUGGACGUAGCUGCAACACAAUUAUGAACUGUGAGGGGACUGAGGACCACUGCAUUUCAACAACAGUGUCGGUGGACGAACAGAAGGUACAGUUAAAGGGCUGUGCCUCCAAGUUGGUGUGUUCAGACAUCGUGAAUUCACAGUUAGCUGCAGUCAUCGAAGGCAAAAUUAACUGCUGUCAGGGAAACUUGUGCAACGGUGCCAGCAGAACGAGCGCUGCCAUCCUCAUGCUGGUGACCCCGCUGCUCUCUUUGAUCAUGUUUGCUUAAAUGAUGGGGACG